CAAAACGCCAGCUGUGCUGGGCAGCUCAGGACAGGAGGCAGUGACUGCUUUAGGGGCACACAUCUGAGCCGUCUCUCCCCUUCAGACAUCGCACCAAUAGAUUUGUGCAGGCUACACUUCCAUCCUGAUUCGCACUGAAGAGCCUUCAGUCCCACUCGAAUGCUUGCUGUUUAACCCCUAAUUCCCAAGCAGCUCAUCCUGUUGUGGGCAGAGCCAGAUCACACCUGCAUGAAACCCAGAGGCAAUGAGAAGGAAGAUUGGGCACCAGAGCAGGCUGCUUUAUGGGCAGAGGACAUCUGCCUGCUAGAGCAGAAGGAGCAGAGCCUGGUCAAUGCAAGAGGGGCUGGGUGGGAUCCUGCAGCAGAUCAACACCAGAGGAAGAGCUCUGCAGCAGGAAAAGGCUUGCAGCAAAGCCCUCACAGCUUGCUCCACAAUCAGAGGUGAGUGCUGGCUCUUUAUGAAUGGCUGCAGAGAAAGGAAAGUGGGGUGAGAGGCAAGAGGAUGAAACAAACGCUGUGCUGUCAGCAGGAGACUUAGGAGUGAAAGCAUCCAGUGCUUUUCCAUGGGUCACCUGGCUGCGUGUGAGAGCUGGGAGGACUGCAGUUGGUGCUGUGGAGCUGUCAGCAGGGCUUUGGAUGCCGAUGGGGGCUUGAACAGCUGUGAAAUCUCUCAGUGGACUGGAGCAAUGGAACAACCCAUGGAUGGCUUUUAAUCCUCCAUGGGAGGAGGUGGGCUGGACUCGAUCAAUGGCAGUGGGAAGAGCAGGGUGGAGGGAGAGACCCCCAUGUUUUCUCUCCAUGGCGUAGCAGCUGCUUUACUGUUCCUUCUCAUCCUCCUCACGCUCCUGGGCAACAGCCUGGUGUGUGUGGCUGUCAUCAAGUUCAGACACCUACGCUCCAAGGCCACCAACUUCUUUGUUAUCUCCUUGGCCGUGUCUGACCUCCUGGUGGCCGUGCUGGUGAUGCCUUGGAGGGCUGCUGCUGAGGCGGUGGGGUUUUGGCCCUUUGGGGCUUUCUGUGACAUCUGGGUGGCUUUCGACAUCAUGUGCUCCACAGCCUCUAUCCUCAAUUUGUGUAUCAUCAGCAUGGACCGCUACUGCGCCAUCUCCAACCCCUUCUGCUACGAGAGGAGGAUGACACCACGUGUGGCUUCUGCCACGGUUGGGAUGGCAUGGCUGCUGUCCCUCCUCAUUUCCUUCAUCCCCGUGCAGCUGAGAUGGCAUGAGAAUCAAAAUCUCCUCAACCAGCAGGAGAACAUCACCCAGGAGAGCUGUGAUUCUCACCUCAAGCACGCCAUCUCAUCUUCUCUCAUCAGCUUCUACAUGCCCGUUGCCAUCGUGAUCGUGACCUACACCUGCAUCUUCCGCAUCGCCCAGCGGCAGAUCCGCAGGAUCUCCUCCUUGCUGCACCCAGCAGUGAGUGCUCACACAGCCAACCUGAGGAGCACCUUCAAGAAAAAGACCAAGGUCCUCAAUACCCUCUCCAUCAUCGUGGGCGUCUUUGUCUUCUGCUGGCUGCCUUUUUUUGUGCUCAACUGCGUGGUGCCCUUUUGUGAUCCUCACCAACGCAAGCCGUGUGUCAGCAAGGCUGUCUUCAACACCUUUGUCUGGCUCGGGUGGGCCAACUCUUCCCUCAAUCCCAUCAUCUACGCCUUCAAUGCAGAUUUCCGGAGGGCUUUCAUCACCAUCUUGGGCUGUGAACACCUUUGCCCCAACAACACGGUGGAGAUGGUCAACUUCAGCAACGAGUUGGUCUCCUACCACCACAACACCUCGUGUCCAAGGGACGUGCUGACCCUCAGCCACCCCCAUGCUGUUCUGCAGGUGGAGAACAAUGAGGUGUCCUCUGGGAAGCUUUCCCAGCUCUCCUCUCACAGCAGCUGCCUGCAGUGGUACACGCAGAGCACGAAGCAGAGAAGAUUGCACCACUCACCUGCAAUGCAUUGAACUGAGAUGGGUGGGAGCAGCCUGGUGGGAUGGAGAUGGAUGGAUGCAAGCAGGGGCUGCUGCAGCUGCCUGUUUUCUGAGGCCUUUGAGAGUCACAUGAACACUUCAUUCUGCUGGGCAGGAGUUUGCAUUACUGACUGUGGAGUGAUGGAUUUAUUUUCAGAUGGCUCAAAGGAUUCAGAUGUUUUUUUGUGUUUUUUUUUCUUCUUGUAACCUACAGCUUCAGACCCAGCCCAGGUGUGCAGUAGAAACCUGUGUGGCUGCCCUCCCUUUGACCCAUAGGAAAACACUUUUUGCAAAAAGACAAAAACGCAACGGCUCCAAUUUCUCUUUCCUUUUGUCUGCAGAGAGAUGAGGCUUUGUGCAAACUGCCCUGCAGGCCGUGGCAUGCACACAGCCACCUUCCCAGAGCCCCAGGGCUGUGCUGGGCUGCAGCUUAUCCAGAGCACACUGCAGGGUGCUCGCUGGUGAGGAGUUGGGUGUAUUGGAGGAUGAAUAUGUUCCAACCCCAGGAUGCUGAACCAUUUGCUCAGAGCCUUUGGGAAUGAACCCUUCGGGCACCAGGAGGACAAAUCCAGGUUCUAGGGCAUGGAUAUUGCUGUUCUGAUCUUGCUGCUUGUGCCACAUCUUCCACCAGCCACGUCCCCAUCCUUUUUGCCAUGUGUUUCUUUCCCCUUUUACUCCUUUCUCUCUCUAAAUCAUGAAGGAUCCUUCCUGCCCUGCCUCAUUUCAAUAAUCAUGACUUCUAAAGCAGCACUCCUUGUUCACCUGUGCUCUUUAAUCAGCCCCUCCUGUGCACAUCAGAGCUGUGGCAGUGAAGAUCCCCAGCACUUGGCUGCUGCCUGGGACAUGAAAUGCAUUCUGCUCCAACGAGCAGCACGUUGCCUUCCAUCUGAGGCAUCCUUUGCUCUCUGCACAACAGGAGAGCCUUCCUCCUCCUGGUGAGAAAGCUGAAAGUGGUGAUUACAGACUACCAGUAAUCGUUAAAUAGAGCCCAAUUAUAGCCAAAUUCAGCGCGGUCAGCAUGAGAAUGGAGCAGGGCUCGUAUUCCUGAGGUCAGUGCUUGGGUGUUCCUAUGGGGCACUGCACUGCUGUUAGCUCCUAUGACGUGCAGAAGAAACAACGGAGCAGUUGAUGGGAACCUUUGAUGGAGGUGGGUCUUCUUUGCAUAGCUGCUGUCUAGAUGCCUGAUCUGCUUGAUUUACCAUUGGUUGCUUGCUGCUUCUCUCCAUUCCCCUACAGCUUCACUGGGAGCAUCCUCCUCCUCCCACCCCAAAUCCUCCUCCUCCCACCCCAAGGUGGAUUGCAGAAUAACAGAGCAGUGGCCCCAAUGCCCUGAGAGCCAUUCUGUGCUGCUGGAGGUGUAGUGGGACCUCAUUACACUCUGGUUAUACAAAGAGAGGGAUCGUGAAGCAGGGUGAGGCACCCAGGUCCCAUUGGGCUCAAAAGCUGCUCCCCCCGUUGUGGGCCCAUUGCAACCAGAGGAGAAGGAACAACGCUUCCACCUUUCCAACACGGCUGCAAACGGUGCUUAAAGGCAAGGAAGGAUGCUCUGAGACCAGGAAAAGGGCUGUUCUGCUCUAUGCAAUCACAAAACAAGGGAUAGUGUGGGGCAGCAGCUGUUUGUUGCCCCAAAUUGGUUUUGUUUAAUAUAGAUAUCUAUUUUUUUUCUGUGUGUAAGUGACUGCACGGAGUACAGAAGGGGCUGAGCAGUGCAGGCUGCGUGAUUCUGCUUUGGCAUCCAAUGUCAGCUGCUCCCCUCAUCGUGCAAAAGCUCCACGUGGGGGAUAUGAAGGUCUGGGGGGGCUCAAAGGAGCCUGGAAGGAUCUCUUAAGAAAUCACAGCUAAUCUAAGAGGUAAUUGCGAGCAAUCAGUGAGCUCCAGGGAGCUGCAUAGAGCGAGCCAAGCUGCCAUGGCACGGAUCCUCUCUGCUCCUACAGAUGGAACCAGGGCCACAGUGAGAAACCUGCGGGGCUGCCUGCUUUGGUUCGUUCGGCCCCAAACUCAGGCUCUGGGGUUUUUCCCUUGAGAAAUACGAAAAGAUGCCCAUAAACCCCCAGAGAGAGGAAACGUGCGCGAUGGGGGAAAUCAGCGCGACUCAUUGGCUGCCGCGGCAACAUCGCCGCCGUUCGCUUGGAUCCUAUCGCAAAUUCGC